AUGACAAUAUUGUUUGUCGUUCGUGAGUCAACGUUUGAUGUUGGUUCAAUUGGAACAUUAACGGCACCAGCUAAGAUGGAUUUGCUUCUCAUUUCAUAUAGAAUAAAAACCUUUUAUAUGUAUGAAAUGAACAAUAUACUCGACAAGGGUUUGAAUGUAAAGCUAACGAAUGAAAAUAUUGUUGAAUUCACUGAGACAGGAGCUGUGUAUAAAGAUGUAGAACUACUGAACAAAAGAGCAAAGGAAGAAGCAGGAAUAUGA